CUGAGAGGAGAAAUGGCACAGAAAGGAGUUCAGCUGGACCGAGAAACCUUCUCUUGUUCCAUCUAUUUGGAUCUACUGAAGGAUCCGGUGACUACAGCCUGUGGACACAGCUACUGCAUGAACUGCAUUAAAACCCACUUUGAUGAAGAGGACAGAAAGCGAAUCCACAGCUGCCCUCAGUGCAGGAAGACUUUCACACCGAGGCCUGUCCUGGAGAAAAACAUCAUGUUAGCAGCUUUAGUGGAGCAGCUGAAGAAGACUGGACUCCAAGCUGCUCCAGCUGAUCACUGCUAUGCUGGACCUGAAGAUGUGGCCUGUGAUGUCUGCACUGGGAGGAAGCUGAAAGCCAUUAAGUCCUGUUUAGUCUGUCUGGCCUCUUACUGUGAGAAACACCUCCAACCUCACUAUGAUGCAGCUCCAUUAAAGAAACACAAGCUGGUGGCCCCCUCCAAGAAGCUCCAGGAGAACAUCUGCUCUCGUCAUGAUGAGGUGAUGAAGAUUUUCUGUCGUACUGAUCAGCAGAGUAUCUGUUAUCUCUGCACAGUGGAUGAACAUAAAGGCCAUGAAACAGUCCCAGCUGCAGCAGAAAGGACUGAGAAGCAGAAGGAGCUCGAGGUGAGACGACUAAACAUCCAGCAGAGAAUCCAGGAGCGAGAGAAAGAUGUGAAGCUGCUUCAACAGGAGGUGGAGGCCAUCAAUGGCUCUGCUGAUAAAGCAGUGGAGGACAGUGAGAAGAUGUUCACUGAGCUGAUCCGUCUCAUCCAGAAAAGAAGCUCUGAUGUGAAGCAGCAGGUCAGAUCCCAGCAGGAAACUGAAGUGAGUCGAGUCAAAGAGCUUCAGGAGAAGCUGGAGCAGGAGAUCGCUGAGCUGAAGAGGAAAGACGGCGAGCUGGAGCAGCUCUCACACACAGAGGAUCACAACCACUUUCUACACAACUACCCCUCACUGUCAGCACUCAGUGAGUCUACACACUCAUCCAGCAUCAAUAUUCGUCCUCUGAGGUACUUUGAGGAUGUGACAGCAGCUGUGUCAGAGACCAGAGAAAAACUACAGGACAUUCUGAGAGAGGAAUGGACAAACAUCUCACUGACAGUCACUGAAGAGGAUGUUUUACUGUCACCAACAGAGCCAAAGACCAGAGCUGGAUUCUUAAAAUAUUCACAUGAAAUCACACUGGAUCCAAAGCAUACACACAUCUGUUAUUAUCUGAGGGGAACAGAAAAGUAAC